CGUUAAUAUUCAAAAUACAUAAUUUCUUUUUAAUUUAAUAUAAUUAAGAUCUUUAUUUCCCUUUUAAUGCAUGAAAAUUUAUUACACUACAUUCCUUAUCAAACAAUGAAACGUACAUUCAAAAAACUGUCGUAAAAAUUGAGAAUUCUAUUUGUAAUUACUUUGGCGGGUUUUAUACAAACAAUAGUUUAAUGGCCGCAGAAGUGAAGGUUUCGGAUGGAGUACCAUUCAGAAUAUAGACGCUGUCAAAGUUGGUGUAUGAGUAUCUCAAGGCUGAAAUCCUGAAAAUGUCUGCAGUUUGUUCUACACAGCAUAUAUACCUUAAAAAGGAGCAAACAGCAGUGCCAGAUAGUACAACUUCAGUAGAGAUGCUAGAAUUUUCAGUAGGAAACGAGGUGCUGGUCAAACAGAAGGAUGACAGGUACUACUUUGGGACAGUGGUUCAAGUGAAUGCCAUCAGAGAACAGUGUUUGGUGAAGUUUGGAGACAAUACCUACAAUUGGUCGGGUUUUAAAGAUCUCACCAAGUUGAGUACUCCAGAGCAGGAAGAUCUAUGUGUGGUGUGUAAGAAAUCAGCUCCUAAGAAUAGGCAGGAGAUUACUGUUUGUGAUCAGUGUGGAAGGGGAUAUCAUCAGAAGUGUCAUGUACCAGAGAUACCCAGCAGUUGUCAAAAGGAGGGUGCAACUUGGAUGUGUAAACGUUGUAUUGAUAGUGAACCACAGAGACUGAAAAAGAGUGAAGUGCGACAUCAAAGGAGAGAUUCUCUAAGGAGUGUAACUUCUUCCAUCAACCAUGAUAGUCAAGUGAUGCCUUCAUCUACCACAAUAAGAAUAUUACCUUAUGAUUUAAAUUUGUUAAAUUGGGACACAUAUCAUAGAGUAAAUAGUGAACAAAUAUAUUGUUACUGCGGAACUAAUGGGGAAUGGUACAAACAGAUGCUUCAGUGUAGCAGGUGUAGGCAGUGGUUCCACGAAAAAUGUCUGGAUUGUCUGCAAUAUCCUUUGUAUUGUGGUGAUAGGUUUUAUGUAUUUGUAUGUUCGAUAUGUAACCAUGGACAGGAUUUUGUAAGGAGAUUAGAAAUGAAAUGGGUCGAUUUAGUGCAUUUAAUGCUUUUCAAUUUGACUGCCUACAAUUCCAAAAAGUAUUAUGAUCUAGAUUCAGUUGUUAUUCCUUAUAUCAACGACAAUUGGCAUGCUCUGCAGCUACCACCAAAGAUAACAAACGUCAGUAAGUCUGAAAGAAGAGAGAACAUUAUGUCUGUACUAACCAACAACCGCAACCGAUUUAAAUGCGGCCGAGAAAUAAAAAAACGUACCACAAUUUGGGGCCUCCGCGUUCGACUACCCCCACCGGCCCCCUGCGUUACCCUCCCCUUCAACGGUUUAGUAACGGAAGAAGACCUUCGAGAACAGUGGCAGGGAAAUAGAAGACUACAAUUUUUACCGAUAGAUAAGACCGUAGUAGCAAAGAGAAUAGUCGUAACGGACGCCUUCAUGCAGAAUCUAAUGAUGGGGGUGUCGUAUCAACAAAAUUCAAUCAACUCCGAGUCGGAUUCACCUUGUCCCAGUCCAGAAACAGUUACAGAGGAACCUUUAGUUGAGCCCGGGGUGAAAAUAGUACAAAAGAACAAAUAUUUAGGAGCGGGUUGCGCCAAAAAGACUGCACCUUUCAAAAAGAUGAGCUUACAGAGGCGGAAAAAACUGCUAGCGAUGUCUACCAGGGAAAGGGAAAGGAUCCUUAAGCGACCCAAACGAAAAUUGAACACGGAUAGUAAAUUAGACAAUAAAAACAACGAAGCGUUACCCCCUACACCCCCUACGUCCGUCAGUGCACCUCCGACACCCCCAGCGUCAAACACUACCCUAAAUUCGGAAUUGAGCAAUGAUUUUUCUGAGAGUUCCAAUAAUCAGAAAGGAUCUGGAAAGAAGGGAAACAAUUUGGAUGAAUUACACACUCCUUGUGAUACUUCGGGCGAUGAAACCAGUUCCAAAAGUACUUUGGAUACCAUUAUACCACCACCGAAGGAUUUCGAAGGAAAGAAUAAUCCUUUUUUAACGUUGCUGAGAGGAACUACGGAAGAAACGAAAAGUAAAAAGAAAGAAAUAACCCUACCACUUCCGCUGACAGCUGUGAUACCAGGAAAACCUAUAAUGCGACCAACGAAGCGCCAACUGAGCGAAAAAGACAUCAUCAUCGGUCCGAACGGACAGGUGAAAAGAAAACGUUUCAGGAGGAAUAGGAAUCCGAAUCCCGUCUAUACCAGUACCGGUAACUCUGGCCAGACGGCGAGCAAGACGGCCGCAGUGUUACCAGUUAGACCAGAUACCAAAGAAUGGACACAUCGUAAUAAUACGUCACCGAAUAAUAAUGGUACAAAUUUAGGUAACUGUAUGGACUACACACUAAACGGCCGUCGCCUUCGCCAGCGCCCUGAAAAGCCCCAAGAAAAGGACAAAGUAUCCAAUCCCCCCACACCAAAACCUAGUCCCGUAAAACAGGAGCCGGACAUCAAUCUGGACGACCUGAAAAGUUCGGUGAACAUCUAUUUCGGCGCAGCCAAUCGCAUAACGGCUGGCGAGCGGUUCGCAGUGAGAGCCAAACGGAUAGGUCCCGCCGGCAAAAUCGAGUAUCUGAUAGAGUGGGGGGGACCUAGCCAUGGAAUGACCUGAUAGGGUAUAUAUACCUAUUACUUGUGGUCAGUGUGAGAUUCUUUUGGAGUUGUUAAUAUAUUUGUUUGGAAUUCUCGUUCACCUAUCAUGCGAAUUUGAACAUCGUUUUUUUUUUAAAUCUACAAGGAAAAUAAUUUUUCCUGUAACUGGCUGUAUACCAUAAAUUACAAAGAUUUAAUGAAAAUUCCUUUGUAAAAGAUAUAUAAAUUUUUAUUAAAAUCCCUUUAAGGGCUACAUCACAGAACGUUUUAGAUUGUUAACAAAAUCAUCAUCAGUUUUAAGAUCUGGCUAAUUGCAAGCUGAGCCACCAAAGAAAUACCAGGGUGCGAACCCUUUAAAGUUUAAAUGUUAUAAAAAUAUGUUAUAAUCGCAUAUUUGCUUAAAAUUCCAUAGGAUGGAUAAUAUUUAUAAAGAAUUAGGCCCUUGGGCACAGUAUGACGUAUCACGUGGGUUGCAAAGCAAGUAGAUGUCUCUCUACAUGACUACUGUUAGAUGGCAAAGUUGCCAUCUAACAGUCUUCGCUUUGCAACCCACGUGAUGGGAGAGGUAUACUGUACUCAAGGAUCUACUUCUUUGUAAAUAUUUUUUCUAAUCUCCCAGAAAAUGUGUUAGAAGUCCUCAUCUCACUAAUUAAUGAUUAUUUUGAGAAAGGUAAAUUUCCAGAGUGCCUGAAGACAGCCAUCAUUAUUCCUCUUCAUAAGGGUGGUGAAAUAUCUAAUACCUGCAAUUAUAUACCUAUUGCACUACUACCGGUACUCUCCAAAAUUAUUGAGAGACUCAUAAAAGCCCGACUUAUGUCCUUUCUAGUUGAAAACAACAUUUGAUCACAAAAUCAGUUCGGCUUUUUAAAUAAUAAAUGCACCACUGAUGCCAUGUUUUCUGUACUACAUUAGGUUUAUCAAGGACUGAACUGCCUGCCACCGUUUUUUGUGACUACGCCAAAGCUUUUGAUUGUGUAAAUCAUAACAUUUUGAUAAAAAAAACUAAAUUUCUACGGAAUUCGAGGUAUUUCUUUAGAUUGGUUCCAAUCUUACUUGGAUAAUAGGAAACAACUGGUUAGAGCAAAUGAUACAGACUCUAGUCUCAAAAACAUUGUAUGUGGGGUACCUCAAGGUUCAGUAUUGGGUCCUUUACUUUUCAUUAUAUUUAUUGAUGACAUCACUAGUUUAAAAAUCAAUGGAAAAAUCUUUCUUUUUGCUGAUGAUACCAGUAUCACUUGAAGCAACUCAAAUAUUGCAACUCUUCAUGCUACUAUAACUUCUGAUCUACUUACAAUAAAAACCUGGUCUGACUCUACUUUAGUCUCGUUUAACGUAGAUAAAACCGUAGCAUUGUCUUAUAAAGGAGCUCUCCAACCCUUACCUCUUAAUAGCCAGAUCAGUACCGUUGAUUCUGUAAAAUUUCUUGGUAUUUUUUUAGACAGCAACUUUAAAUGGUCCCUCCAUAUCGAUUUGUUAAGGAAGAAACUAUCUUCAGCUUGCUAUGCUAUAAGAUCUGUUUCGAAUGAACUCAAUUUAGCAUCUUCCAAAAUAACAUAUUUUUCUUUGUUCGAGUCACAUCUUCGUUAUGGUCUUCCUUUUUGGGGUUCUGGUACAGCUGCCCAAUUCGAUGUUAUUUUCAAAUUACAAAAAAGAGCAAUGAGAUAUCUCUUUGGCCUCAGAAGAACAACACAUUGCAGAAGUUACUUCAAAGAUCACGGAAUUUUAACCCUUCCAUCUUUGUAUAUUUUAGAAACUGUUUGCUUAAUCCGUAAACAUCUACAUGUCUUUCCACCAAGACCUUAUCACGACUACUUCACGAGAAAUUCUACAUUUGACGUCUAUUUGCCGACCCCGUCCUCUGAGUUAGUAUAGAAAUCUAUAUUAUAUUCCGCAAAAAAAAAAACUUUACAACCAUCUCCCUUUACAACUUAAAUCUGCAGCAUCUUUCCCCAAAUUCCGUAAACUGACAAAAGCCUACCUAUUUGAAAGACCAUAUUAUUCAGUAGAAGAUUUUCUUAAUCAAUAACUAAGAAAUUACAGUACCCUUUGCACAGGUAGUAUUUUUAUUUAUUUUUUAUCUAUAUUUGGGUGCCACAUGCAGCAGUUUAACUUUUAAACUUAUUAAUUACUAGGUAGACUAUGCAUUUGCAAUUUAUUUAAAUUUUGCAAUUGAUUAUUUCUGUUUAACUUCAUCAGAUUUAGCCAUACGGCUCACACUCCCUCUAAGGGGAAAAUUGACCCAUCCCAGAUACCUACGGUAUCAAAAGGAUUGAGCUCUGGUGGGACUCUUUCCGUGUUAUCGAGCCCUAGGUGACUUGGUAUGCAGGUGUAUCUCCCAAAAAUUUUCGUACACAUCUGGCCGUUGCGAGUAGUACUGCUUUCUGCAUGGUCUUAUAAAGAUGUUCAUUAAGACCCAGCUUUUUUAUGCUUUCGAGGAGGGUCUUCGGAAUGACUCCAGUAGUAGACAUAAUAAUCGGUAUCGUCUGGGUACUUUGCAUUCUCCAUUGUCUCCGUAUUUGAAUUUCCAGAUCUCUGUACUUGGCGAUCUUUUCAGUAAAUUUAGUACGUAUAUUAUUGUUGUUAGGAAUCGCCACAUCAAUGAGGGUUGUUUGUCUCGUUAAUUUAUUGACUAAUACGAGAUCUGGUCUAUUAUGCGCCACUGUUUGGUCUGUGAGCACAGUGCGGUCCCAGUAUAGCUUGUAGUUGCCAUCCUCGAGCAUACUCUCAGGGACAUAUUGAUAAUAUGGGAGAUGGUCGGUUUGGAGAAGUCCCAGCUUGAUAGCUCUCCUGAUAAGGAUUUUUCCCACUGCGUCAUGCCGUUCCUUGUACUCAGUUGCAGCAAAUGCCUGGCAGCCCCCUGUAAGAUGUUGGAUGGUUUCUUGGGCUUGACAUCCAUAUCGGCAUCUGUCGUUUUGAACAUGAGGGUCUUUGAUGAUAUAUUUCAGGUAAUUUCUGGUUGGUAUAACCUGAUCCUGAAUGGCCAGUAAUGAACCCUCCGUUUCAGGGAACAUCUUUCCUGAUGUCAACUAGUAGUUCGACGCUAUAUUGUCGACAUAAUCUUGGCUGACCUCAUUGGGAUGUCGCCCGUGCAGAGGUUUACCCAUCCAGGCACGCACUUUUUCAUCCUUAGUAAGGUGGUUUAUGCGCAGUUCUGCUUCCCUCAGUUUUAUCGGUGUUGUGUCAUCUACUGCGCAGAUAGCGCGAUGUAGAGUAGAUGUUUCAGCCUGCAUCUGAAAGUAAGAUCUUAAAUUAGCAAUUUGUUUGUCUAAUUGCUCACCUAUAUCCAUAAGUCCUCUUCCUCCUAAAUUCCGUGGUAAUGUCGUCUUUCUACUGCACUUUUUGGAUGGUGUUUUUGUGCCUUACUUUUGAGGUGCGUUCUUACUUUUCGCUGAAGAUUUUCUAUGUCCGUUUUUGUCCACUUAACAAUGCCAAAUGAAUAGCUAAGCGCGGAACAUGCGUAGGUGUUUAGUGCUUUAAACAAAUUUCUACUAUUAAGGUGUGAGCGAAGCAGCUGUUUUACCCUUCGUAUUUAUACAUAUCGUUUUCACCCAUGGCCUCGAUGUUCUGGCCAUUUUGCAUAUCGAAUCCUCCGGGCUGUACUUUUCCUCUGACUAUAUUUAAAAUACGGCACUUGUCUAGUCCGAAGUGCAUGCUAAUAUCAUUAGAAAAAGUUUCGACAGUUUUUAGCAUCUCAUCGAGUUGGUUUCGAGUGGAAACACAGUGUAGUGUUCACAGUUCUGUGUCGUAUCUUCUAUCUAUCCAGCAUUGUUGUUAAGAGCAGUUGGCGUGGAAAGUUGAUUUCCCCAAAACUCAUGAAUUUUUUCUUGGCUUGGGUAACUCUUAUCGACACGUUCUACAGUGGAAUUGAGUUUUCGAUAGAACGCCUUCUCAGAACUCUCAAAAAGAGCAUUGCGCUUUUGCGGUUGUUACUAACUUUGUACCUCCUUAGUCGCCCUGAAUAAACGGAGAGUUUUUGUUUUAAUGUAUCCAGACACUGAUGGGCUGUGUUGUUUUCUGGAUCAUAUCUUGAGUGUCUUGCGGUACUCAGCAUUAUUUCUUCAGCUCUCCUGAUGACUUUUCUACUUGUUACACCUCGUAUGUAUUCUGUGACUAUACCAAUAUCCUUACGUAGUAAUUCAAUCUUUCCGAGCAGUCUUUUUUCCCAGGGUGCAAUUCUGUUACCAGUUCUUUCGUUAUUAGUACCCCGUCGUGUUCUGAUCUUAACGCCCACUACAUUAGCAAUUGCUGUUAGGACUUCAGUGUUCACAAUUUGUAACAGCGCCCCUAGUUUCUUGCAAGAGUUUAUUCGUGGUAGCGGUGGUCUGCUAAGUGGGUUUGUUCCAUUAAACUCCUGUACCGCACGUGCCAUUUCGCUUACUAAGUUAUCACGUAACUCGUUGUUUUCCUGCUCUGUAUUGUCAGGUUGAGUUUCUUGUAUGGCAAGCUCAGGAAUCUGCUCAUGAACUUCAACAGGGACUUGAUCUUCAAUUACAACAUCGUUUAACUUCAUUAUUAUUAUUAUUAUUAUUUUAAAUACAUUGACGAUUUAUGUAAUUUUAGUAAAUUGAAUUGUUUUGUUUUUUUUUACUUUUUAUAAGCUUUGUCGAUAAAAUUGUACAAUUUUUCAUGGGUAUAUUUCUAUUCUAUAUUAUCAAUCCUAUGAAAUUUUAAGCAAAUAUGCUAUUAUAACAUAUUUUUAUACCAUUUAAAGGGUUCAUAUCCUGGUAUUUCUUUGGUGGCUCAGCUGGCAAUUAAUCAGUUCUUAACACUGAUGAUGAUUUUGUUAGAAAUCUAAAACGUUCUGUGAUGUAGCCCUUAAAGGGAUUUUAAUAAAAAUUUAUAUAUCUUUUACAAAGGAUUUUUCAUUGAAUUGUCGUUUUUUAAGUAUAGAAACUAAGAAAACCACUUUUAUGCUAUUCGAUGAUAGGUGAACUGGAAUAUACAGCUGGGAGUGAGUCUACUGCUCAAAAAUGUACAAAACAAAAAUUCCUAUAGAGUUUCGGGGUUUGACCCUGAACAUUUCGCUGUUCCUCGUAUAACUAUAUAUUUUUUGUGGAGAUUCACAGAUUGUUUGUGUAUAAUAAUAAUAUUAACAAAAUACACACUUUUAACACCGUUUUGAAUGUUA